AUGGAUCCCAACUUCAGUGGUGUGUGGAGUGCUUUUAAAAUAGAUAUGGUGAGGUCAUUCAUCGCUAGUCACAACACCAACAACACCUACACAAAUGACCCAAACAAGAAGCACAAUGACAUUGUUGAUGAGCUCCAAGCAAGGUUCCCUGGCAAAGAAAGGUAUCAGGUAAUUCAAUUGUAUGUUGACCUUGUAGUUGAGAUGAAUACAACUCAGAGCAACCAACAAGUUGUGGCAAGCAAAGCACCUGUGAAUGAUAACUUUGGGAUGUCAACGGAGGAUACAAAUAUGAACAACAUGGAAAUGAUUCAUGGUUAUAUACUAGAUGAUGUGCAGACCAUGAAGAUGGUAGAGGAACUGCCUCAUAGGUUGAAUAUUGUUCAUAAGAAAAAGAGGCAACACCCACCCAUAGCUUGGAGUCAUGACGAGCACAAGAAUUUCCUCCGUGGCCUAGAAGCGUAUGGCCGUGGUAACUGGAAGAACAUAUCUAGGUACUUCGUCCCCACAAGGACGCCGAAUCAGAUCUGUAGCCAUGCACAAAAGUAUUUCCACAGGAACGAGUGCACCACUAGGAAACAACGCUUCAGCAUCAAUGAUGUUAGCCUCUAUGAUACAGAGCCAUGGGUGCAGAAGAACUCUUCUAGUUUGAAGUGUCUCACCUUCGGCCAUAGUGCUUACAACACACAUUAUUAUGACAUUGAGGGACAACAUGCUGUUUUGAACAAACUCGCACAUCCUAGCCAAGCGAGCAGUACACAUGCUGCCACCUGGACUAGAGGUCAGCAUGUACUAGCCGGUUCAUCCAUAGAUCCAACAAUGGUGCAGAGUAACGCUCUUGGAUGGGAGGCGCUCGCCUUCACUAGAGGUGCUAACAACACAAAUUACUAUGACUUUGACGGACAACACAAUGCCAUGAACAACCUUGCAUAUGUUGACCCGACGAGCAACAACCAUGUAGCCACUUGGACAAGAGGUCAACAUACAACAACUAAUUCUUCUAUAGUUCCAGCGAUGGUGCAGAAUACUUCUCCUAGCGAGGAGGUGCUUUCCUUCACUGGGAAUUCUUACAAUACAAACUACUAUGACUAUAGUGGACAAAAUGUUGCCUUGAAUAGUGGGCAACCAUGGUGA